AUGACGACGACGACGACGACGACGACGAAUGAAUCGACCCCGUCCUCGUCGGACCGUCUGGCAGCCGAAAUUUCUCUUUUGGAAGCAAUGUAUCCCGACUCGGUGACGUUCAACCGCAAGAGUCUCGAAUUGACGUACAGAAUAAUGGGCAGCGGGGGGGUUUUGGUUUUACGUCUUCCAAGUACCUAUCCGGACGACGGUGGUGGUGGUGGUGUCCCGGAAUUGAUUUCUGCAUGCGACGGUACCAAACGAGACGUGAGGGAUUCCACACGUCGAGCGAUUGCGGAGCUCAAUCUAGAAGGGGGUGUCGAGGUUUUGGAUCAGAUUCUUGCCACGUUUGAGGGGGUCGUAUCAUUGUCGUCGUCCGACUCUCGAGUGUCUGGCUCUUCUUCCACCGCAAAUCCAAAUCAUAUUGAUUCCUCUUCCGAGACGAUCACCGAUCGAGACCACGACGACGACAACAACAACAACAACAACAACAACAACAACAACAACAACAACAACAACAACAACAACAACAACAACAACAACAACAACAACAACAACAAUAACAACGACGACGACGGUGUGGACACGGGUGGAAAUGGUACACCAGAAUUGAAGCUCUCACCACCAUCAAAGACUGUCAUCAUAUGGCUCCAUCAUCUUCUCGCCACUUCCAAGAGGAAACUGGCCUUGUCACCUUCUGUUGUGAACUCGAACUCGAACUCGAACACCACCACAACGGCAACAAUAUCAGGAAUGACCAAACCCGGGUACCCCGGUGUCUUUAUCUUUUCUGGUCCUCGUGACUUGGUCGAUUCGCACGUCAAGGAACUGAAAAGUUUGAACUGGCAAGCUUUUUCAAAACGUUACGAUUCGGAUGAGGCUACGAAUGGCCUUUUUUCGUCAUCAAACACGAUCGAGAUCGUCGACGACACCACCAAACCGACAAAACUCAAACGGAAGCAAAAUGUUUCUGCCGCAGAUGACGGCGAAUGGCCCUUCACGCACGGUAGGAAUAAAAUCGUCGAGGUGGAAAGUAUGGCCGAGCUAGUCAAGGGUAUCGUCGAAGAACAUCACCGUGACAUCUUUUUAAGAGCUGUCGGUGUGAAAUGAUGAGACCCAGAAACGAUGAAAGUCAUGUUUAUGAGAUUAUUAUGGGUUUGGUGAUUCGGUCUACAUGGGUAUUGUAGAUUUAAAUACAGGGUCACGGCUUUCACUCGCGGCGCGCUCUUAAGAACAAAACAUACUCCGUAUAGGUACGUCGAGACCAAAAAAGGGGGGAGGAACAAAGAAUCGGACUCAUCAUUCGAGUCUGUGCCAUCAAGUCAAAUAAUAUCCUGAUCGGGUUUGGAACUUCUUCAUUUGCUAGUCCUAGCCCCUUUCCCUCGGUACUGGCAUGAAUAUUCUCACUCACCACACGACAAAAAGAAAAAGAGGUCACUCAGUGCUCCAGAUAGAGUAUGCAAAGGUGGGUACCCCUAUCAAAUGCACCA